AUGUCAUCAAUAUUAAAACAAAGAGUUAGGUAUGCUCCUUAUUUACAAAAAUUAAGAACUGGUGAACAAUGUAUUGAUUUAUUUAAACAUGGUCAAUAUUUAGGUUGGUCUGGUUUUACUGGUGUUGGUGCUCCAAAAGUUAUUCCAAAAACUUUAGUUGAACAUGUUGAAAAAAAUAAUUUACAAGAUAAAUUAGCUUUUCAUUUAUUUGUUGGUGCAUCAGCAGGUCCAGAAGAAAGUCAAUGGGCCGCAAAUAAUAUGCUUUUAUCAAGAGCUCCUCAUCAAGUUGGUAAACCAAUUGCUGCUGCUAUAAAUGAUGGUAGAACUCAAUUUUUUGAUAAACAUUUAUCAAUGUUUCCUCAAGAUUUAACUUAUGGUUAUUAUACAAGAAAUAAACCAAAUGGUCCAAAUUUAGAUUAUACAAUAAUUGAAGCAACUGCUAUUAAAGAAGAUGGUUCCAUUAUUCCAGGUCCAGCAGUUGGUGCUUCACCAGAAAUGAUUUCAGUAUCGGAUAAAAUCAUUAUUGAAGUUAAUACUAAAACUCCAAGUUUUGAAGGAAUUCAUGAUAUAGAUAUGCCAGUAAAUCCUCCUUUUAGAAAACCAUAUCCACAUACUACUGCUGAUUAUAGAGUUGGACAAAAUUCUAUACCAGUUGAUCCAGAAAAAGUUGUUGCAAUAGUUGAAAGUACAACUGGUGAUCAAGUUCCUCCAAAUACUGAAAGUGAUGCACAAUCUAAAGCUAUUGCAAAUCAUUUAAUUGAAUUUUUAGAACAUGAAGUUAAAGUUGGUAGAUUACCAGAAAAUUUACAUCCUUUACAAUCAGGUAUUGGUAAUAUUGCAAAUGCAGUUGUUGAAGGAUUAGCAGGAUCAAAUUUUAAAAAUUUAACUGUAUGGACUGAAGUUUUACAAGAUUCAUUUUUAGAUUUUUUUGAAAGUGGUUCAUUAGAUUUUGCAACUGCAACUUCAAUAAGAUUAACAAAUGAAGGUUUUGAAAAAUUUUAUAAAAAUUGGGAUACUUAUUCAAAAAAAUUAUGUCUUAGAUCACAAGUUGUUUCAAAUUCACCUGAAAUCAUAAGAAGAUUAGGUGUAAUUGCAAUGAAUACACCAGUUGAAGUUGAUAUAUAUGGACAUGCAAAUUCAACAAAUGUAAUGGGUUCAAGAAUGUUGAAUGGUUUAGGUGGUUCAGCAGAUUUCUUAAGAAAUGCCAAAUUAUCAAUAAUGCAUACUCCAUCAGCAAGACCAUCAAAAAUAGAUCCAACAGGUGUUUCAUGUAUUGUACCUAUGGCUCCACAUGUUGAUCAAACAGAACAUGAUUUAGAUGUUGUUGUAACAGAACAAGGAUUAGCUGAUUUAAGAGGUUUAUCACCAAAAGAAAGAGCAAAAGUUAUAAUAGAUAAAUGUUCUCAUCCUGAUUAUAAAGAUCAAUUAAAUGAUUAUUUACAAAAAGCAAUAUUUUAUGCUACGAAAAGGAAAACUUUACAUGAACCCCAAAUUUUGAGUGAUGUUUUUAAAAUGCAUACAAACUUCCAAGAAAAUGGUACAAUGAAAUUAAGAAAUUGGGAUUAA